AUGUCAUAUCUGAUUAUCUUCCCGGGCCUCAACCGCCCACCGCCCGCUCCGGAUCCUCGACCGGCCGGCUACCUGCUCCUAACCCAACCCGGACUUUCUCAAAAAAAACUACCCCCCAAAAAAAGGACGGACGCCGCCGGAUUCCUCAGACUCGGGACCUGCAAGUAUGUACAUGACUCCUCGCCCUCCGCCGAGGGGCUUGGCUAUUCCCUCUCGUCUCGCCGCAUCCGCCGCCGCCGCCGGCCCGCCGCAUGA